AGUCAUUCAGCCCCGACGUCUUGGAUAUGUCAAGAGACUAGUGUAACCGCCUUUGUAAUCUGUUAUUACGCUGAGCGAGACACGAGCGGCAGCACGGGGGCCGACAUGGACUCAGACUCGUGUACACGGCGCUCUAUAGAUGCCACGAACCCCUUAAUUGUUCCUGGUGUGAGUGGAAAUAAAGCAUUUGCUGCUUUGGAGUUCCAAGCGGUUCGUGUACGCGAGAAGAAGGGGACGUUCAUCCCGGCCAUCCACCAUAAUGAUAUCCUCACAUCAGCGGUGGACCAUCACUACCGGAAUAUGUCCCACCUGAGCGCGUCCAGCAUUCCGAAAGCGCGGUCUGAGGCGAGAUCUGAAGUGCGCGUGAUGAGCGCACCCAAACACGAGGAAGUGGAGGAGUUCGUCAGCGACAGCGAGGAAGACGACGAGGAGGACGACGGCGGCGUUCACGUUGCAGGCUCCUUUGUAAGGGGCGUGGGCAUCGCCGACGGCAGCCAGUUGUCCCCUAGGCAGGCGCGCACGCCGGUGCUGAAGAAGGCGGUGUCGUCCUCCGUGUUGGACACGUCGGAGGGCAUCCGCGCCGCCUCUCGCCUGGGCGGCGGGGUAGGCGGCAGCUCCCGCAAGGGCAUCCCCGCAGCCGCCGUCAUGCAGGAGAUGGACCCGGUGGCCAUGCUGAAACGCAUGCGCUCGGAGCAGUCCUCGCGGUCGAUACACAUGCUGGCGCAGGAGCGCCACCCCUGCAUGAACGUGCUCAAGGGUCCGGGUCACCAGGUGACGGUGGAAGACGUGACGGACGACGACGCCGGCCUGGCGGCACCGCGCAGCAUGCUGCAGAGCCUGCGCGCAAAGUCCUUCCUGGCCAGGCCAAAUGUGGGCUGCGGCGCUGCGGAUGACUUGCUCGCUCAAAUCCGCGGAUCCGGCUGGCAGUCAGCGUCCCUUCCAACGGCGUCAGCCAUUCGGCCUGACGGGACCAAUGGCGGCAGCACUAACGGAGGUGCCAGCGGCUCCCGCCAGCUGGUUGCCGGCAGCUCCAAGAGCUUCAGCGCAGCAGGCCGUAAAGGCACCGCUCUGCCGGGCGUUAGUGUGGACUCCACGCCACGCCUGGGUUCCGGGGAGGGCGCCCGCAGCGCCGAUCCGAACAGCAGCAGCAGCGGCGCACAGGCCCCGGGUCCACACAGUGGGGGUUUGUUUAACAAGCUGAAGAGCAUGAUCAAGCGCGGGUGAUAAAGUGUAAUGGGCAGUUGAGAGUGUUGAAAGAGCGCUAUUCAUAUUAUAUGCUUUGACUCACUUCGCCUUUGACUUGAAGUUGAAUAAUUGUACCGCGGUGCAUGGGGUGGCUCGUGGGGGUGGGUGUCCAGGGGAGUUGCGACUGGCACUUGGCCUUGGUUCUGUCUCCUUUUCGGGCGUAUACUGACUUCUGCAUUGGUAGCGCAGGGUCGAUGCAUGGAAAUGAUAUUAUUCUGUAUCUUUCGAAGGGAGCCGCAGGCCGCGCUACAGCGUCGCUGCAAUGACGCGGCACAGGGAUGCCCCUGGCGCAGGACUCGGCCUUGGAUUGUGCGGGCAGGCGACAACGUGAGCCUAACAGGAUACGGCAGCAGUCAUUGGAUGCGGUUGCCGAGGAGGCACAACAUAUGUUUACGUGUGCGGCGCCAGAAGCGGGGCCGAUUCCUUAUGAGCA